CCUGCACAUUUGUUGCUUUGAUUUUACAUUUCUUUUAUGCAACACACAUGUUGAUAGGAAGGAAGGGGCUGUCCGAUCACUUGAACGGAACUACUAUGAUUUUCAGUGAUAUUCAACAACAUAUUUCUGCAUGAACCAGUCCUUGGCGAAUUCAAAUUCAGGAUUGAUCAGCAAAGCAUGAGCGUUUAGCCAUGAAGUUGGGAGACAAGGAAUCCAGGUGUUCGCUGACUGUCAAGUAGAUUAACCAUCAAUCAAUAGAAAAAUGCCGGGAACGAAGGAUGCCAUUGUCUAAGAAGAAGAAGAAGAAGAACCAGAACAGCACCUCUUCCGCAGAAUUGUGACUCAUAAGUCAGAUAAAUUUCCUGAUGAUGUGUGCUCAAGCUUAUCAUUUUGGGGAUGGAUCAGGAGACCAUACUGCCGAUUGCCAUCUCACUUGCGGUGAGGGGCAGUGCGUACGCGCAGUGCUGUACUAUACAAUUGACGAAUCUUCCACCUUCAAGGAACCGUGUGAUUGACGCGAAUCCUGCGUAACCUGACCACUGGAUGUCUUGUCUGGGAAUUAUAAGUAGUGUAGUAGAUCACCUCACCCCAAAGAAACGAACUAACCGAUGAUGCUACUGAGCCGCCUGUGGGCAAGGAGGAGAUGGGGGAGGAAGAAGUCGAUGAAUACCGGUAACGUGGAUGGUAGUGGUAACUCUGACCGGUGAAGAUGUUCGAUGUUGCCGAGGGUAAAACCUGAUUCAGAUCAAAAGAGUGAGGAUGAGCAUUGGCCUAUUGGAGCAAUGGAUAUAUAAGGCCAAUCAGAAGUGUAUCAAACCAUCAUUGCAUCCUCUGCCUUUGGACAAACAACUUCAUCUCAAGUCCCGCCCUCCUCCACCCCUCUCCCAAUCAUCAUGAAACGAUUCGUUGCUCUCAUCACUUUGGCCAUGUCCUUGGUGUCCAAUGCCCAGAUCCGAUACGUCAGGGAUUCCACAUCCUACGCCAAUGUUGGUGGCAACACCAGAUCGGCCGCCACCUUGGUCGAACUCAAACCCAUCGCAAUUGUCCGAUCCGUCUUCAAUGGUCCCACUGGUGACAAGCCUGACUUUGACUUCUCCUAUGAGACUGAGAAUGGUAUUAAGCAGGAGGCCACUGGCACCAUGAAGGACAUUGACGGCACCGAGGUGAUGGUGAUGCGUGGUAGCUACAGCUACAUUGAUGAGAACGGCGAUGACGUUCUCGUGUCUUGGGUGGCCGAUGAAAUGGGCUUCCGGGCCGAGUCUGAGUCUCUUCCCAUCGCCCCCGAGAUUCCCUUCCCCGAUCAAGCGGAAGCCGUUGCGGCUCAGAUCCGAUUUGCCCAGGAGGAAAGAGCCCGCAAUGCCAACAGUGGAUCGCCCACCGCUGACACUAGCUACACCUCAUCCAGCUCCCAAGAACCUCAGGUCUUUGCCGCCCGUGCCUCCACUGGUUAUGGAGCUGCCCCGGCUUCUGAGCCUGUUGUCGUGGCAUCCCGUGCUCAAUCUCUUAACCAAUACUCCAGAGCCACCCCUCAAGAACCUCAGGUCUUUGCCGCCCGUACCUCCACUGGUUAUGGAGCUGCCCCGGCUUCUGAGCCUGUUGUCGUGGCAUCCCGUGCUCAAUCUCUUAACCAAUACUCCAGAGCCACCCCUCAAGAACCUCAGGUCUUUGCCGCCCGUACCUCCACUGGUUAUGGAGCUGCCCCGGCUUCUGAGCCUGUUGUCGUGGCAUCCCGUGCUCAAUCUCUUAACCAAUACUCCAGAGCCACCCCUCAAGAACCUCAGGUCUUUGCCGCCCGUGCCUCCCCUAGUUACAGAGCUGCCCCUGCUCCUGAGCCCGUUGUUGUGGCCUCUCGUGAUCAAUCUCGUCUUGGUACUUACAGUGGCUUCAUUGCCGAAGCUGAUGUUCCUACUCGUGGUAUCGCCUUGGUCGAAGUGGCUGAACCUACCGUUGUCGUUGAGGAUAGACUGGCCGAUUACAAACCAGUUGAGCCAGUGGUUCAAAUUGCUCGGGAAUUUGAGGCUGAGCGUUUGCCUUCUUAUGCCGUGAACAUCAACGAACGAGAACGCGUAGCUCCCGUCGAAGCCAAAUCUCGCAAACAACCUGCUUACAUUCAAUACCUCUUGGAAUAGGGGGAAUAGCGAUUUGGCGGAGAGAUUCCUGAGGCUAUAAGAAUGUCCGUAUUUAUAAUUACUACAUUAUUUAUCGUUCAAUGCAAGUAAAGUACUCUUUCUCAA